AAACCUCCAAUCGGAGAAAUGGGCCAUGUGAAAAGCCAGUGCUCUGCAAUGCAUGUGGACUAAGAUGGCGGACAAGGCAGACACUGGAUGGCUAUAUUCCCAAACAUGCUAAUGGAGAAAUACAAAGGUCUCAGUUACCUUCUGAGAUGAAGCCGGCUCGUGAUGACCAAAAGCUAGAAGUUGAAGUAGAGGUUUCUGGACAGCGUGGCUCUUCAGCUUGUCUUGAAGAGGAGAUGAAUAACAUAUCAAGCAUAGGUUCCGCAGGAUCAGCCUCAGACAACUGCACCCAGAUGGAAGAAAUAAGUGGCGUUUCUGGUUGGGAUAAGAUGAGUGACCGCAAUAUGCGAUUGCAUGAGAUGCAUAAUGAAAUUUAUGCGUUGAAAGGAUCCAUGGAAGGGGUAGCAAAUUCUGUUUCGAAGAUGGGUGACAUUGUUGACACUAAGGUCGUGAAUGCAACAGAGAUCAAGCAAUUGAUUGUUGCAGUGGUGGCGGGUCAUGGGCAACAACAGAAUGUACCUUGUGAUGGACAAAGGAAUAGUCAUCGGGAAGCCCCAAUUGAGGUGGACGAGCAGAAUUCGGGGGCUGCGAAAGCUGGAACUACAAGAGAGGGGGAGUACCAGUUGCCUACUCGCAGUUACCAUGUCGAAUUCCCCAAAUUUGAUGGGACUGGGUUGAAGGAUUGGAUUUACAAGGCGGAGCACUUUUUUGAUGUUAGAUGAAACCCAGCAAUUUCAAGGGUUAAAUUUUCCUAUUGUAGAUUGGAGAGGAAAGCACUAAAGUGGCAUCAAACAUUCAUGAAGAAUAGGUUUACAAGGGAAUGGCCAGCAUGGCGAGAAUACGUGAAUUGUCUGUAUUUCAAGCUUUGGGACAGAGUUCUGAGGCAGGUAUCAUUUAUACAAGAUUAAUUUUGAUGUGUUUGACUUUGAUGAGCUUUUAAUUAUAGUUGAAUUAGCUGAUGAGUGUGUAGUUAGGACCCGUUUGGUAGGGUGGAUUAUUUUCAUAAUCCAUGAAUUAAAUGGUGGGAUUACUUAAUACAUUGUUUGGUAGCAAUUUUGAAGCUAUGUAUAACUAAUACAUGUAUUAGUUAUACAUCAUACAUGGUAUUAUAGGGUGUAUAACUAAUACACCCAAUUUGGUGGGAUUAGUACCAUGGACUACAAUCCAUGGAUAAAUAUGUGUCAAGACAAAAACGCCCUCAAAUUUCUUUAUUUUUUUUUUUCUAAAUCUUUUCAAUUUAUUCAAUGUGAGUUAUUUCUUUUCAAUUUAUCAAGAUAAUAAUAUCCCUCCAAAUAAUUUGUCA